ACCCCUCACGGGGACUUCCUGUGCCGGGCGGUCACAGAGGAGUGACAGCUGAGUUGACCAAAAGGCAGCUUUGACAGGCGCUGACGUCAAUCGGGCGGGAUAUCCGCAGUAGUAAACUAGCUAAUAACAUGGCGAAGACUUACGACUACUUGUUUAAACUACUUUUAAUCGGUGAUUCCGGGGUCGGGAAGACGUGUGUGCUUUUCAGAUUCUCAGAGGACGCCUUCAACUCAACGUUUAUCUCCACUAUAGGUAUUGACUUCAAGAUAAGAACGAUAGAAUUAGAUGGCAAGAAGAUCAAGCUACAGAUAUGGGACACAGCAGGACAGGAGAGGUUCAGGACCAUCACAACAGCUUACUACAGGGGAGCCAUGGGCAUCAUGCUAGUGUACGACAUCACCAACGAGAAGUCCUUUGACAACAUCAAGAACUGGAUACGAAACAUAGAAGAGCACGCCUCUGCAGAUGUGGAGAGGAUGGUCCUCGGGAACAAAUGCGAUGUCAAUGACAAGCGCCAGGUGUCCAGAGAACGAGGAGAGAAGCUGGCUUUGGAGUACGGUAUCAAGUUCAUGGAGACCAGUGCAAAGGCCAACAUCAACGUGGAGAAUAGACAUCAAAGCCAAGAUGGACAAGAAGCUGGAAGGCAACAACCCACAAGGCAGCAGUCAAGGAGUCAAGAUUACAGAGCAGCCCAAGAAAAGUAGUUUCUUCCGCUGCUUGCUCCUGUGAAGGAAGCAUCUGGCAUCAGCAUCCACCCUCGCCUUAACUUUUGUCCCCCACUGGACACAACUGGACAAAAAACGUCUUAACCUGUCUUCCUUCCACUCCGCUGGCUGUCCCGCGUUGGUUUGGUUUAGCAGUUGUUCUGUUACGUCCAUAUGUUCUGUAUGGUGCUGACCUACUUUUUAUUCCCUUUUUUAAAUCUCCCAGCAUGCUUAGCUUUAGCUUACUCAGCAUCUUUUAAGAGCCCAAAGUCUACUGAUCUACUCAUUUUUAGGACAGCACCACCCGUCUGUGUGGGUCCGUAACUUAGCAACGUAUUCUUCCUCUUACUAAAGAAUGACUUCUAUGCAGAAUGUACGUGUUGUACUUUUACCUUCAUCAUUAUCCAGAGCACAACCGCAACGUAACAUGCACACACGUACUUCCUGUUCAGUGUGAAGUAAAAGCAUGGCAGUAUUAACCUAAAUUCAAAACAACCACGUUAGCGCUGUUAGAUGAAAAUGCACAAACAUGAAACUGCCGCAGCUUCAACAGUCCUUCAUGAGCCGUUCUUACGUAAGUGAGUGUCUCGGUUAUGUCCACGUCAACGGGUUCCACUGUACAUAGCCAAUCAUAUCAAAUCAUUUCACCAAAGUGCUGACCGGGUCGUUUAAAUUCCCACGUGCAGCGAACGCAACACGUGAGUACAUGUAUAGAAAGAGCGGGGCUUGUAUUCCUUUUUAAUUCCCUGUGGUGAUGCUAAGACGUUCUGCUGGAGGAAGCAUUGGUCACGUGUGGAAUAGGAGGAAUAUUCAUAAAGCAGGGUGUGCUGCCAACUGCUUCACAGCAGCACCAGCUUUUAUUUUGGAAUGCAUUUGUGCUUGUUGCAUUUGCGGCUUUGCAAUAGCUGGCAGCCUGGGAUGGGGCGAUGCUGUAGCAGUAUUCAAGGAGCCAGACAGGACAUCAGCACCAAAAUGACUAAAGUGCCCUUUUAUGUUCUUAUUGAUGAUGCACUUUUUCCUGUACAACACAACCCUGACUAGCAAGUGAGUGUUUGCUGGAAGUCCCCCUCCAUGCCUGCUUUCCACACCGCAGCACUGAAAUGCGUCUGCAAUGGAAAAUGAAGAUGGCGUGCUUAUGCUCUCCUUCACGGCCGUCUGAACCAUGCAUACACGCCUCAAAGAGAGCUUGCAUGUGGACGCUUGUCACUCCAAAUUUAGAUUUCAUGUCCACAAAGCAAGUAGGACCUUGAUCAAAUCACCUCGUCUAUGUGGUUCAACCUGUGGAUGGAAAUGGACUUCUACAUGUUUGACAUUGCAUCAAGUCAGGACGUCCUGACACCAUUCCAGCAAUUGUAAAUAAGAUCUACUUUCAUAAAUCUUAUUGGUCUACACACCUGCUGUAGAUAAUGUGUACUUUUGGAUGAUUUAUUAAAAGAUGGGAUUGAAUGUGGUACAGGUGUGUUUUAUCACAAAAAGGUAUGAUUUUUAUUCUACAAAUGAGAUUAUUUGCACACUUUGCCCUAACAGGCAUUGCCUGAGACAGCUUUGAAAGAGGGCACUCGUCACCUUGAGCCUUGGCUCCAAUACUCAAAAUGCUAACAUAAGGGAUUACGUGUGUUUAGGUUAAAAUCAUUGUGGGAUGAAAAUGGUUGUUUUCCUUCUAGUGUUGCAUUUUAGGCUGAUAGGGAAGAGAGAUGACAACCGUCAAAUAUCACCAAUAUUUAUUGAAGACCUUGGGGGGCUCAUGGUUAGCAUCACAGCCAGGCGGUCUGGGGGUCAAAUUGGGCAGAGAUGUUUGGUCUGGAUGUUCUGCAUGUGUUGUGUGGGUCCUCUUGGCACUUCCUCACGCAGCCACGUGCUGCAUGCACGUUAUGUUCACUGUCGUCUUCAGCCUCAACUGUGACUGGCAGGUGAAAAUACGGUAAGAGUGGCACUUUAUGCAAUUGGCUUCUUUAUUUUAUAAUGUAAGAUUCAUACAUCAACACAUGGAAUCAUUGAAUGAUAUCGAAUCGGAUUGUUUGUGCUGUAUCAGGUCAUUUGGAAUGGUUGUGUUUUUAAGAGUAUAUUGUUCAUGAUUUACAGUAUAUGCUGUAUUCUUAGAUGCGUAUGGAAGCAUCUAUCAGGAUCCAUGUCCAUCUAGUCCAGGGGUCACCAACGUGGUGCCGUGGGCACCAGGUAGCCCCCCACGACCACAUGAGGUGCCCGCAAGCCUGCUUUUCAUUCAGGUGUUCAGUUAAUAAUGAAAGAACAGUAGAAAGAAAUGCAUUGUGAAAUACAACAUGUGAGUUGUGGACACCAGCAUUUUGUUCAUGUUCUGGUAAAACAAGCAUAUUCACUUUGUUUGGGUUGAAAAUAAGCUCUGAAAAUAAAUGUUAGAAAAAUGAGUAGCUCUUGGCCAUUUUCAUUUUGUAAAAGUAGCUCUCACAAGGAAGAAGCUUGGUGACCCCUGGUCUAGUCUUUGAGCCAGAAGCUUGGAUGAGAUGUCAAGCAUCUUCUAUGGUAAAGUGAAGCGUCCAGUGGAGAGAACACUGGCCUGCAUGAGCGACAACAUUCAUACACUUAAUAGUCCAUCAUUUUGGCAAACUGACUAAACCGGUUCCCUGAAAACCAGUUCUUAGCUCACAACAC